GGGAUGUUCAGUACCCUCCCAGUCCCCGCCUGGUUCCCGCCGCUGCCUGCUGCCCAGCCUGGCUGCUGGGCUCGGGAUGACGCCACCUCUCGCUCCGCCCCGGCGCAAACUCGCUCUUCGCGUUCAUUUCAUUCCUCCCUCAUUCCGAGCAUUCUUCGCAUCUCUGUCAGUGCGCGAAGCGAUUCACCUACACCUGGCCCAGAAACAGCAGAAUAACUUGACAUAGUGUAAAAAAUACCCUGUAACAUCACAUUACCAAAAGAAAGGGACAUUUUUAUAUGAGAUAUCAAUAACGAGUUGGCUCAGCCGGGAGUUGGGGAUUUCACCGGCGCAUUUUCGGACCACGUCGAAGAAAACACAGUGAAGAGACUUGUUGCUUCCAACACGGUUGACAGCGCUUUUAAAAAUCGCCAUCGAAGUUUUGUGUCUCUCCCUAGUCUGCUCCAGGCUUCAGCUUGGAGAGCCCAACCGCCACAAUUGAUCCCAGCAGCUGGAGUGGCAGUGAGAGCCCUGCCGAGGACAUGGAGAGGAUGAGCGACUCGGCAGACAAGCCUGUAGACAACGAUGCAGAGGGAGUGUGGAGCCCUGACAUUGAACAGAGCUUCCAGGAGGCCCUGGCCAUCUAUCCUCCAUGUGGGCGCAGGAAGAUCAUCCUCUCCGAUGAGGGAAAGAUGUAUGGUCGAAAUGAGCUGAUAGCCAGGUACAUCAAACUUCGGACCGGGAAGACGAGGACCCGGAAGCAGGUGUCUAGUCACAUACAGGUCUUAGCAAGAAAGAAAGUUCGAGAAAUCCAAGCUGCCAUUAAGGUGUCUAGUCACAUUCAGGUUCUUGCCAGAAGGAAAUCUCGUGAGUUUCAUUCCAAGCUAAAGGUUACAAGUAUGGACCAAGCUGUGAAGGACAAAGCCCUCCAGAGCAUGGCCUCCAUGUCCUCAGCUCAGAUAGUCUCUGCCACGGCUAUACACAACAAGCUGGGUCUGCCAGGCGUCCUGCGUCCAUCCUUCCCCGGAGCAGGGUUAUGGCAGGGUAUGAUAUCGACUGGUCAGCCAGGAUCCUCACAAGAUAUUAAGCCUUUCACGCAGCAAGCCUAUUCCAUCCAGCCAGCAGUCACAACAGCCAUUUCAAGUUACGAGCCAACAGCAGCUCCAGCUCCCACCGCACCAGCAUGGCAGGGCCGCUCCAUCGGUACAUCUAAACUCCGACUGGUGGAGUUCUCUGCCUUCCUAGAGCAACAAAGAGACCCAGACACAUACAACAAGCACCUGUUUGUACAUAUCGGGCAGACAAAUCAUUCCUACAGUGAUGCCCUGCUGGAGUCGGUGGACAUUCGUCAGAUUUAUGAUAAAUUUCCAGAAAAGAAAGGAGGACUGAAGGAGCUGUAUGGAAAAGGUCCCCAGAAUUCCUUCUUCCUUAUAAAAUUCUGGGCCAACUUGAACUGCAACAUUCAAGAUGAUACUGGAUCUUUCUAUGGAGUCACUAGUCAGUAUGAGAGCUCAGAGAACAUGACUAUUACAUGUUCAACAAAGGUCUGUUCCUUUGGCAAGCAAGUGGUCGAGAAAGUUGAGACUGAAUAUCCACGGUUUGAGAAUGGACGAUUUGUCUACCGGAUAAGUCGGUCUCCCAUGUGUGAAUACAUGAUCAAUUUCAUCCAUAAGUUAAAACAUCUGCCAGAGAAAUAUAUGAUGAACAGUGUGCUGGAGAACUUCACUAUCUUAUUGGUGGUGACGAACAGGGACACCCAGGAGACACUGCUAUGUAUGGCGUGUGUGUUUGAAGUUUCAAACAGUGAGCAUGGUGCCCAGCAUCACAUCUACAGGCUGGUAAAGGAAUGAGACGCUCUGAGCUCCAUCCCCCCACCCAACCCCCUUCUUUUCAUAGACUUACCAACCUCAAAACAAGUGGCAGUGCCUCUACCUGGUCAUGGUAUUGGGUGAUGUCAGUUGUUCGAAAUUGUUUUAAUAUAAAAUGUUUGUUAUUUGACUGCAGCAGUGAAUUGCGGUACACUUGUUUUAUGUUUAAAUACGGGAAUUCUUGUUUUAAAUGUCAAGUUGGUCUCAGUUGGGUAUACGUGUGGACGGUCUUAAAGAAUUUACUAGAUUCAUUUGGUAAAUGGAAAUGUGUGUUGUCUUCUGCUUUGUUAUGUACACCAAGGAAAAAAAAACUUUUGCUGACCUUUUCUACCAGCAGCCUGAUGUUGUUUGUGUUUUGUAUGUCUGUAGUUCAUAACUGGCAGAUACAUACUGUAGGUAUACAGGCAUGCACCGAUGCGUCAAUAGAUUUUCCAAAGAAACAAAACUAACACUACAUACACAGUAUCUGAAAGCAAGUGGUUGUGAAAAUAGCAAAAAUACUAUAUCUAAAAAAAAAAAAAAAGUAAAUAAAAAUCAGCUUUCGGUGGUAUAUUUAUCCCUGUUGAAGCACUCCAAGUCUUAGACACUAACAGAAAAGAAUGCACUGUGAAAAUACUACAAACAUUUUGCCUGUAUCUGCUCCAUAAAUGUAGGAUGUCUUACCACCUAGUCAGCAUUUCUGUGCUGCAAACGAGUCCUUCCUCUGACAACAGAUAAGAGAAUUUUUAGGUUCGUUUACGCAGGUGAAAGUAGUGCUAAAUUUACCCUAACCGGACUCAUCUUGUCCAAAAGCACUUUUUUCCCCUUCCUGAUUUGCCUUAGUGAUGUUUACAUUCUUCAGAUCUGUGGUUUUAGAAUGGCGGUUUAAAAAAAAAAAAAAACUCAUAACUACAAAUGACUCGACAGCAGGCCUUGCUAAGUAUGCUGCGGCUUCACCCCCUGAAAGACUCAGAAUAUCUUUGCCCUCUGGGAUCACGGUGCAAUGACUCCAAGCCAGAGUGUUGCUGCCUUCAUGUUCACACUAUGUUCACAUGUUUUGCUGUGGCCUACACCAGCCUGAGCCUUGAACAUGUUAUAGUUCGGUGUGAACUCCAAAAGAUACCACUAAAACUGUGAUCUCUGUGCAGCAGGAGUCAAUGUUUGCGUUGUAUAAGAAGCUCACAAUACAAUCUGCCAAAGUGUACAGUGCCUUAGAAUAUUCUAACAUUACUCUUUGCUUUAAGUCUAAAAUCACUUCUGUGGAUGAGACAGGCAAACAUAGCUCGCUGGUAUAUUAUGUUCCUUGUAAUUGGUACAUUCCUCCAAAUACAGUUUUUAUUGAUUUUUGAGAGGCAGUACACUUAUGUUAAACACAUUUUCAAAUUUAGACUCAGUUACGAUACAGGUUAUAUAUUUUUUGUAACUCUGAAAUAUGUUCCUAAACUAGACUUUUUCUAAGAGCAAACUAUAAACACAGACUGCCUUUCCUGUUGUAGAAGACCAAAAAUACAGAGAAACAGUCCAUCUUUUGUCAUGUCCUGCAUGGUAGCAAGGAAGUGCCUUUGGUUCGAAAUGUCCAGCUU